CCUUCCUUCCUUCCUUCCUUCCUUCCUUCCUUCCUUCCUUCCUUCCUUCCUUCCUUCCUUCUCUCCGAGCCCGAGCCUGCGGCCUCGUCCUCCGCCUCGUCAGUCCUGGUGAGUCUCGUUGCCAGGCCUCCUCCCGAGGGCCCAAGAGGAGCCAAGGCCCAAGGGAGGGAGGGAGGGAGGGAGGGAGGGAGGGAGGGGAGGCCGAGGAGGGCCCGGGCCUGGCCCACUCCCAGGCGGGCCUUCCUCUCUCGUUCUCUCCCUGGGAACACAGGCCACCACCGCUCUCUCUCUCUCUCUCUCUCUCUCUCUCAGCCAGGCCUGGGCAAGCUCCGGGCCUCCCUCCGGGGCGGGGUUUUGGACUCCAACUCCCAGAAGGCCUCCCCUCAGGCCCCGCAGGCCUCACCUUCACCUCCACCUCAAGACUGCGGAGAGAGAGAGAGAGAGAGAGAGAGAGAGAGAGAGAGAGAGAGAGAGAGCAAGGGACUGGGGAAGGGAGGUCAACAGACCAAGAGAAGGAAGGAAGGAAGGAAGGGCGCUCGGAAAGGGAGGGGCCCCCAGGGAUCAGCUGGCAUGGACAUUCACAACAGAGGGACAUGCAGACAAAGGGAGAACAACAACAACAACAACAACAACAACAACAUUUGUAUCCUGCCACCAUCUCCCCCAGAGGGGACUCGGCGUGGCUCACAGAAAGAUCCCAUACAAAACAGGAACAAUAUACAAGACAGCAAUCAACAAGAAGCCCUGCUUGACUCUCAAGCCAAAAGUGGGUGGUAGAAAUCACAUGGUACAAAAGCUGACUGGCACAACCUGGGGAUCCCAACCAGGCCCUGGAAAGACAGGCGCUUGGCUCCUCUGCUGCUGAAUUCACAGGCCCAGUGGGGAAGACAUCUCACCACGUUCAAACAGUGGACGUGGCUCUUCAUGAGACAUGCCGCACCGUCACAGGAUGUCUGCGCCCCACACCACUGGAGAAAUGAUACUGUUGAGUCCCUCUGGGGAGAGAGGGCAGUCUAGAAAUGAAAUGAGGAAAUGUGAUUUUUGGCUGAGAAUUUCGGAGUAGAGCCUGUGGAGGGAUUUCUUUCCCUUGAAAGAAAGAAUAGGAGGAAAAGCAUCUUGGAUACGGUUGGGUUCUUCACCAGAGUGGUUCCAACAUGGAGAGACCCAACUCACGUGGGCCUGAAGCAGGACCUGGGGGCAGUGGGGAAUCCUGGGAAAGAACCAGACAUGAGUCCCUGAGUGUGGACCUUGACAGCUCGGACACACAGCGCCAGCGCUUCAGGCAAUCCUCCUACCAAGAGGGUGAAGGACCCAGAGGGGUUUGCAGUCGUCUCCACGAUCUGUGCCGCCAGUGGCUGAAGCCAGAGCAGCACACCAAGGCCGAGGUGCUGGACCUGGUGACCCUGGAGCAGUUCCUGAGCAUCCUGCCCCCAGAGAUGGGGAGCUGGGUCCGAGAGUGUGGGGCAGAGACCUGUUCCCAGGCGGUGGCCCUGGCGGAAGGCUUCCUCCUGAGUCGGGCCGAGGACAAGGAGCAGGAAGGACAGGCCCAUAAUAAUAACUCCAUGGAAGUCCCUGCACCAGAGGAAUCUCCACCAGACACCACCCAGAGUCUCAGGCAGAAGGAGCUGAAGCGGGAAGGAGACGGGGCUGCCGCCUUGCAGGGACUGAAAACGCAGCCUUCAGUGUCUUCCCAGGUGGGACCCUAAGCUGAGCCGAGCCCUGAAACUGAGCUGGAAGACAAACAGACGACAAAGAAUCACUUUAGUCAGUUGAACCACCAAGCCCAAUACUAGUUUCAUUCGAACAUCCUCACAGCACUGCUUGCGAGAUAAAGUCCUAAACCCUAACUCAUCGGUUUCUUUAUAGGACUGCAAUUGUCACCUCUGAGGCCUGUUUCUGUGACCAGCUUUCCACCCCUUGCUUUCUCUCCAGGGUCUGGAAUGAUGCUGUUGCCAAAUCCUCAGCCGUUUCUCCCCCUUUGCGAUGGAGUGGGACUGAGUCAGGUAAGCAGAAGGAUUCCUGGGAGAGGAGGACUGGGCCUGCUGGGGUGCCUUUGGUUCCAGGAUUAAUGGCCAAAUAUCUGUUGAAACAGACAAGAUGGAAUGCGUUUCCUUAGAAGUGAAAUACAGAAGGUACAAUUGCAAACCGUGCCAACAAGGAGGGAAAAAAUGAAGAGAGAACUAAAGAAACCAGAAUCGAUGUUCAAAGAAAUUUCAACGGAGCUAUGAUUGAAAAGGGCAUGGAAAUGGAAAGGGGGGGGGAUCACCAAGGAAUGUAAACAACUAAUCAGCAUAAGUAGGGAAAAAGUCUAACUCAGAAAAUGAGGUCAGAUGAAAAAAUGUGCCAAGAGUAGGGUCUGUGCCUGGAGAAGGUGGUGGAAUGCUAACCGGGGAUAGGCAAGAGUUAGAACAUGAUCUCCCAAAAGGAAAUGGGUAUUCUACCUGAGCAAGAUGGAGCAACUGGGGAAAUGCAACCCAAAAUGGGUAAAGAAGUGGUCCAGGAAUCCCAGUCUCCAGGGCCAGGUGAACUACAGCCAAGGGUAUUGAACUAACAGCAGUAAUCCCAGAACCACUGUCAAUCCUCUUUGUUCAUUUUUGGGAACAGGAGAAGUCCCAGCAGGCUGGAGGAGGCAAAAGUUGUCUCUGUCUCCAAGAAUGGACCAAAAAGAGGUCCCCUAACAAUGACCAUCCAGUUAUCUUGACUUGUCCCAUAAGCAGUUGGAGCAGCUGUUUAGACUCCCGAAUGUUUAUAAGGAGGAGAUCGUUUGAUGUGGAUCGAUAAUAGUUAUAGAGGGAGCGGAUCUGUUUGUUUGCUAUUAUGCACUCUUUAUCGAACCAAUUUUUGGAUCUGACCCUGGGUUGCCUUGGCAUUCUUUGCCAAUCGUAUAGUUUUUAAAAGAUAGGUUUUAUAAGGGAUUCAAACCCGGUGAUGCCUCCUCGAAAUCUGGGAUUUCAAUGAUCAUAGUUUCUAUGGACAACACUUCCUAAGAGUUCAAGAUAUCCAGGCACACCCCUUUUGUCUUAACGUUCCGCUUCAGCCUGGUGUAUUGUGGGUAGGCUUGUCCAGGUGGGGAAGUGCUGCUUCUCUCCAAAACCAGGAGAAGUGGGAGAUAGAUGAUCACUAAGCAAGGAAUUGUCUAUAGCAAAUGAAUCAAUGUCACUAGCUAUGGAGGAUGAAGUCAGAAGAUAGUCUAUGACACUAGAGCCCCUUGGUGAGACCAAUGUAUAUUCUCCAGAGUCAGGAAACUGAGUAAGUCCAUUUAGCCGAGACAGGUUGAGCUGCGUGGCCAUUUUGGUCAGGCACUUUCCGGCUUCAUUUCACGCUUGGUCCUUAGAGUGUCGAGCUUCUGGUGUCAGGAGAGAGUUGAAGGGAUCUUCCUCCAGGCCCUCUUCUCUCAACACAUUUAUUCAACUAGAUCCUACCCUUGCAUUGAAGUCACCCGUUAUCUUGACCUAAAUAACAGGAAAAAUGUUGGAGCAGAUCAUGAAGAAGGCCAUCUGGAAUCACUUGGGAAAAGUGCUGUAAUCACUGAAGGACAAGAUGAGUUUCUCCAAAACAAGUCAUGCCAGACUAAUGUACUUUUCAGUAGAGCUACAAGCUUGGUAGAGGAAGGAAAUGCAGUGGAUGUAGCACAUCUUGCUUUCAGUGAGACCUCUGGAAAGGCCUCCCAUGGUUUCACAAACAACUAGUAAAAAGUGGGCUGGAUAAUACUCCUGUUCGGAGGAUUUGUAAUGGUUUGAGCGACAAAGGGUGGAGUGUCGCAGGGUUCUGUCCUGGGCCCAGUACUGCUCAACAUGCGUAUCAGGUUUUCAGAUGACACCAAAUUAGCAGGUAUAGCUGACAGUCUAGAAGAUAGGAUCAGAAUUCAAAAUUCUGGCCUUAACAUGGUGGAGAGCUGGGCCAAAACUAACCCACUUAAUGUCAACAAGAAUAUAUGUAGAGUAGUACACUUAGGCAGGAGAGAAAUGCCAUGCACAGGUACAGGGUGGGCGACACCUGGCUUGACAGGCAUUCAUAUGAUGGGAUCUUGGAGUGUUAGAGGACUACAAGUGGAACAUGAGCCAACAAUGUGAUGCAGCAGCUGAAAGGACUAUGGGAUUUUGGGCUCCAUCCUAAGGAAUAUUGUGUCCUUCUUUCUGCUUUGGGGAGACCUCACCUGGAACAACACUGUGUCCAGUUCUGGGCACCACAAUAAAGGCUGGAACAUGCUCAGAUUCCAUUUCUGAUUCUACGUAUCAAUUGAGAAAUGGUUCUGACUGACCAACCCGUCAUCUCUAGAAAGCUUACAACUGUGGCAUGUAGGCCUUGGCCCUUUCCCUUUCAAACAACCAACAGGAAUGUAAAUCUACUUUAAAGAAUUUCUUGUUAUUCUUUUUCUUGAUCGCUCCCAUGUGAGAAGGGAAUCUUUUCUUCUUCCGCCAGGGCCCAAUCGCCUUUGAGGACGUGGCUGUGGAUUUCUCCCUGGAGGAGUGGGUUCUCCUGAAUCCGGACCAGAAAGCCUUGCACAAGCAGGUCAUGGAGGAGAUGAAUGGGAUUGUGGACUCUCUUGGUAAGGCUCCCUCACUGAUGGGGAUUCCUGUUUCAAAAGGCAGUAUUAUCCUAAAUCAUCACAGUCACUGAGGGUCUGUAAGGCAGGGCUUAUGUCAGAAAUAUGUGACAUAAGAGCAACAACAACAACAACAAUAAUAAUAUAACAUUAGUGCCAAUUCAGACUCAAGUGGGAAGAUUACCAUAACUGGAGUCAAAGCAUAUUCUCCCUCUCUCAAAUAUAUUAUAUAUUACUGUAUUUUAUAUUGUACAUUAUAUACACUAUAUAUAUGUAAUAAAUAUUAUAUUAUUAGCAUAGCAUGUUACUAGGGGGAGGGCCCCAGAGCAUCAGUUGGGCCUCCAACUGAUGGCACAGUAGACAAGAUGGAACUGUCUUCCUGGUUCCCCCUCUCUCCUAACGUUUCGCCCGUAUUUAUGGCAGGUAUCCUGAGAGGUGGGAGGUAUAUUGGAAACUAGGCUAGUGAGGUUUAUAGAUCUGUUUUUCCCAUAUACCUGACAACCUCUGAGGAUGCCUGCCAUAGAUGCAGGCAAACAUCAGGAGAGAAUACUUCUGAAACAUAGCCAUACAGCCCAGAAAACAUGGCCAUACAGCCCAGUGUUUACAAAAAACACUAACUACAUUUCUUAAUAGUCAAUGACUGGGUCUGAGCUACUCUCUGUUUCCAUCUCUUCUCGGGUUUAAAAGGGAGGGAAAAGCUCCAAGCCCUACAUCUCUCCUGAGACACAAGCAGAGAGAGGUCUCAAUGCACACAGCACACACUGGGAUAUAAAAGUCAGAAAUCUUGCACCAUUCUACAAAACUAAUCAGAAUGAUGAGAGAAAGAGAGAAAGAAAUGAGAGAAAGAAACAGAGAAAGAACAAAUAGAUACAUCCCAACUGUCAAUCAGGAGACAAGGGGGAGGGAUUCCCCCAGCCUGUUCUGAAACUAGCUCCCUGUUUCUCAUUGGGGACUGCAGACUUGAGCAGCGUGGGGUUGAAUCACAACAGAUGGAUCAGCAGCUCUUUCCUCUGGUCCAGUCUUGUCCUUCCUCCCAAACUGGGAUGGUGUGGAGGCCGUCUCUUCUCUCUCACGUGGGAUGUUACGUGGAUGCCACUCUAUCUGGCCAAGUCCUACAGACAUCCCUUUUUUGUUCCCUUUUCUGCCUUCAUCAUUGUUCUCCACCUUUUCUUUACUGUCACGGUUUUGCACGUUCACAGCUUUGUCAGGCAAAUCUAUCCCUUUGGAACUCAUAUUUACAGCCAACUUCCAUAAAGUGUAAGAGUCCCAUUUGGCAGUUGAUGGGAGAAGUGUAUCUGUAUUGUCAUGGGGCCAAUUCCCAGAGCUGAGUCUGCAAGCUCUGGAAUUGGAGCCAUAACAACAAGCACUCCUCGAUAGCUCAUGCAGACACCUGGCACCGGAGCAUGGGAACUUUUGGAGUGAGAAUCAAAACAGCUUUAAUGAAUAGUUGGUGUUGUAGUGGUAGUAAUGUGAUAUGUGGGGUGGGGUUUGGUGAUGAUAUUUACGUGUGGUGUGACGUUGUAGCAAAGGUGAUAAAAAUGAUUGUGUGUAAACAUUAUGUCAUUCUCGACUUUUCCAAAGUCGUGUGUUCUUCAAUAAAGAUUGGUUUUGAUAACA